ACAGCUGUGAAAACCAGCUGGUUUUGUUCAUAGAAAUACUAUCACAGUAAAAAAAAAAAAAAAAAAAAGGAAAGAUUCAAGCAUGAAUUGCUGACACCAAGUUGGAAAAACAUCAUCUAAAGCAUCAUUGCAUGCUGCAGCAUGGAAAAUUAAAUCUCAAAUUGAGCUCCACUUCCUAAGAAAAGGGGGAUAAGGACAGCUGCAUCCACAUACUUUUGGUAAUAUAGUGUCCAAUAUAAGCAACAGUGCUGAAUUCAUCGUGUAUUGACAUCUCAGUUGAUGCUAUUUCCAGUGUAGUGUGCUCUUAAAAGUGGCAGGAUGAACCUUACCUCAGGGCAUUAUAGGGUGAUGUGGUGGAUCAAUGGUCUCAAACCGGAGUCCUAGUUUGCAGCAGCUUUCAAAUAGUGUCAGCUACACUGCACCAUAGUCUCGUCUGUCUUCGAGGGAUGACCAAUGAGUCCCGAUGUCGCCGUAGAUGAGUCUUUUAUAAUGGCUUCAUGCUAAAGCACACAAGACACCAGGAACAUCCAAUAAUAAUAUGACAGAAGAUGGGGGAUUGGAACUUAUUAGGGAGCAUUUUAGAAGAGGUCCACAUUCAUUCCACCAUUGUGGGGAAGAUCUGGCUCACCAUCCUCUUCAUUUUCCGGAUGCUUGUGCUUGGUGUUGCGGCUGAGGAUGUCUGGGACGAUGAACAGAGUGAGUUUGUUUGCAACACUGAGCAACCCGGCUGCAAGAACGUCUGCUACGACCAGGCUUUCCCCAUCUCCCUCAUCCGCUACUGGGUGCUGCAGAUCAUCUUUGUGUCCUCUCCCUCACUGGUCUACAUGGGCCACGCUCUGUACCGUCUGAGAACACUUGAGAAGGAGCGGCAUAGGAAGAAAGCCUUUCUGAAAGCUGAGCUGGAGGGGACAGACCCCGUCCAGGAGGACCAUAAAAGAAUCGAGCGAGAGCUCAGGAAACUAGAUGAACAGAAAAGAGUAAGGAAAGCUCCGCUCAGAGGCUCCUUGCUGCGCACAUAUGUUUUCCAUAUCUUGACCAGAUCUGUGGUGGAGGUGGGUUUCAUUAUUGGUCAGUGUGCUCUGUACGGCAUUGGACUGUCGCCUCUGUACAAAUGUGAAAGGUUGCCUUGUCCCAAUAGUGUCGACUGUUUUGUGUCACGACCAACAGAGAAGAAUAUUUUCAUGGUUUUCAUGCUGGUCAUUGCUGGAGUUUCUUUAUUCCUCAACCUCCUGGAGAUUUUCCAUCUGGGAGUUAAGAGGAUCAAGCUGAUCUUGUAUGGAUACAAAUAUGGAGAUGAUGACAGUGUGUGCAGGUCAAAGAAAAACUCAAUGGUGCAGCAGGUUUGUGUGCUCACUAACUCCUCACCACAGAGGUUGAUGCAGCUCACGCACAUGACCUGCUCUGUUGUGCCUGAUGCUCAUGGGGAGACUCUGCCUUUGCAUUUGGUUCCAGUGGCCCUUCAGAAUCAGGAGGUCUCCAACAACUCCAACCAGCAGCCUGCACAGAUGUACCAGGCGAGUCAAGCUGACAACCAACAGCCGGGGGCCGUGGAGCGGCGCCACACUCUGGAGAACAGGAAGCCCUCGUGCAGCAGCGAUGAGUCAAAUGGGCCUCAUAGCUCGGGCAAGCCACGCUACGCAGGGCCCCGACCUACACUGAUGGCCGGCCACAUGGAGAUCCCAGCAGCCCUGAGGAACCCACAGAGGAAGCAGAGCAGAGUGAGUGUCUGUAAGGAGCUCAGUGACAUGAGCGACUCCCUAGAGAGCGACCACUACCCUACACCAGCCAGGAAGUGCAGCUUUAUGUCUCGGGGACUGUCAGAGAGCAAACUAGGCAGUUCGUCCGACAGUGGAGGCUCUCAGAGCGGAGCAGACAUCGAGGCCCAGCUUCUCAACCACGGGGAGAGUCCAGUGAUGACACCGCCACCUCCAGCCAGUGGCAGGAGGAUGUCCAUGAGCAUGAUUCUGGAGCUGUCAUCAAUCAUGAAAAAGUGAACUGAAAAUGAUCGUUUUGGGACCACACUAGCAGACACAUGGGAGUUCUAAAGGGGCCAUGGGCUCCUGACCGCAAAGCGAAUCUCAUCCUGUCUCUCGACAGCAAUGUUUUGUUUAAAUGGUGUUUUAACUGUAUGUAUUAUGCAUGAACAAGGGACUCAGUUCAGUUACGCUAACACACCAUUCCAGGGUCAGAUACUUUAUGAUUUGCUUCAUGUUCUAUGCAAAAGAUAUCUUCAGCUUCUGACUACUUUCACACUGAUUGCGACCGACUUGCUGUUUAGAUUAGAGGGUCGUUUUGGUGACAAUAAAUCAAAGAUUAAUCAGAAUUGUAUUUGGGCCGAAACAUAUGUGACUGCUCAUAAAAUGAGACCUAACAACUGUUGCAACAACAUUUCACAGAAGGUUGCAUUCAAAGACUGUGGAAUUGGCAACCAUGAAAAAAAAACAACAAAAACCCAUUUAAAACAAUGUUUAUGGUUUAUCCAUAUACUGUAUAUAAAGGCAACAUGUUACCUAUUUCUCCAACUGCAGACAGUGUAGUGUAAAGUGUAAAAUGUCAUGGAAAUGGGCAGUGCCAUCUUCGCUGGCAAUGCCAUUUGCAACCAGAAAUUGUGCUGUAAUGAUCAGGUAUUGGAGACAUUGUAUUGGUUUUUCUAUAAAAAAUGUGACGAGUAACUGCUAGUUGUCUAGCUAGCAAGCUACAUAUCAGCUACCUUUUUCGCUGCAGCUUGGGUACUAAUUAAAUUAGCUUUCAAAACACAAAUUAACUUUGUGAAAAGAUCUGCGAAGGUCCCCCCAGAUCCCUCAUUUUGUAGUAUGAAACAUUGAUAAAUCACACAAUUAAACAAAGCAACAGUCCCUCCACAUUCUAUUGAGUUCCUGAACAAACAAGUCUUUUUUCUUUUCUUCUUGCAUCACAUUAAAUCAAAAAACUUAAAAAAAAAAAAAUCAUCAUAAAAACAUUUAACAAAUAUCCACAUGGUAAGAAAUGCUUCAAAUGAAAUGCAUAAAUUGGACAUUUGGAAAAUAAAAAAUAUCAAAGGCAAUUAAUAAAAAAUAUAAAAAAUAUUUUGGCCUCACCUGUUGGGAGCAGUCACUUCAUCCAUCUUUAUAUCAAGCAGCCAUGAACAGCAAAAGACUCUGUAGUGAUUUGGUACUAGUAGCCAAACUGUGUUACCAGUAUUUCCACAUUCAUCACGUGAUGGACAUUGAUGCAAAAAUUAUUUUUCCUAAGCGCAAUCUUUGGUAGAGGAGCAUGUCAAUAAAGGUUUCUCAAAUUUCUACAAACCCAGCAAAAUGACUGUAAGAAAAUUACUAGGAUUUGAUCCAUUCAGUUCAAUACAAGUCUAAAAAGUCUAAAAGAGCUGUAUAUAUUUAAAUCCAUUCAUGUAAGUCAAUAUCUUGGUUUCAUCUGCUCUGAACAGGCUUAAUAGAGAAUUAAAGCUGCAAGCAGCGUUGGACGGAUCCUCGCAUCCUUGCUGGUCGGCGAAUCCAAGCAUGUCCACCAGACGGCACUAAAUUUCAGGCCGAUUGGAGCACGUACAGGCUAGUUAUAGAGCACUUCCUUCAGUCCACCAGGUGGCGCUGUGACUGUGGCUGUAUAUCAGCAUGUGAAUGUCAUCAGGGCAGGAGUGUGAUCACACAUGUAAAGUUUGGGGCAGAUUGGAGCACGUUCAGGGCAGUUACCCUGUACCUAUUAUUUUGAAACAUAAAAACAUAGUCUAUUCUUGAGGAUACUGCAUGUGGAGGAGAAUAGUAUGUAUAGUGUUUGUCAGAUGGGUGUCAUUCCCUCCAAAUAUCAAGCAAGCCCAUCUCAACCAAACCCCUUCUCAGCAAUUUAGUCAGAGGGGACGUAUUUCUCUUACUAUUAGAUGUAUCCCAUUUACCAUUUACUACUGUAUUAAAAUCUCCUGCACACAUCAAUGUGCCUUGUGACUCUGAUGAAAUCAGUUCAAGUACUUUUUUCAUAAUUUUUUGAUCACUUUGUGGAGGUAAAUAUACACAAAAAACGGUUGUCAGAUUGUUUCCUGUCUUGCCUUGCAAAAUUACAUGUGUGUGUGUGCAUGUACUUCUGUGGGUAUGUUAGCAGCUUAAGCACCAUUUUUGCAGAAGUUUAUGUCUGCAGGAUGGAGGUUCUUUUGUGGUGAGAGGAAAGAUUUGGUAAAUAGUACACACUGGUAAUCUAAAGUAAAUGCAGGGUGUUGCACAGGCAGAUUAUAGAUUACAUAGUGUUAUGUAAGGCAUCCUUGUAGGUUUUUCAUCUCAAUUUUACAAUAUGCAGCAGUUUACUUUUACAAGUUUAUUUUGUAUUAAAUGUGUUCUACGCUCUGUGAAAGACCAAAAAGUAUUAGACCAAGUCAAAGACAACUUCAAGUUUUUGUACUAAUGAAAUUAAAUCAUGUAAAAUGAUUUAUUGACAGGUAACACACAACACAGUGUGAAGUCAAAGACUUAACAGUGGGAGGGAAGCAAUGCUAUACAGCCUUAGGUCUGAUGAGAAACUUGUAGCUUGGUUGGACAUUUCGCUUUAGAGGUGUUCUGUUUCUCCAUCCACCCUCAGCUGUGAUCAUGUGACUGUGAUGAAGACUGGACAGCAGGUACAAAAAACUUUGCUGGUGCAAUUGAAACACAUUUGUUUGCACAAGUAAAAUGUGGUAGGAGCACAGUGGCCUCUAACUUAAAAUUUUAGGAGCGCAAGCAGAAAAUUUAGGGGCGCAUACCGAAAUCGACUUGCAAAGUAAAUAGUCACAUUUCCGCUCAUUUUCACUGUAUUACUGAUAAAUACUUGAACAAUAAAUGCAGAAACUAUAAUGUUUUCAAAUCACAUUUUAUUGUGCAGCAGUUGACACAACAUAACUAGAUAAGCUCUCAAGAGCAUAGUACUCCGCCAAGGCUGCUCAGUUGACGUAUAAUUUCUGACGGAUGAAAUCUUCAAUAAAAAAUGACCUUGUGCUGAGCACAGGCAUGUGUUCUUCCUGUGCAUGUUAUGUAUUUAUACCGAAUCACAUGUAAAUUACCCUGUUGAUCAGUUCAUCUCUUUUGGCAAGCCUUUUUUUUGCUAGAUUUAAAAUAACCAUUCCCUCCGGGCUUUUAUUUUGAAGACAUUUUUUUAAAUGUUGCAGGCUUUUAUUUUGUAACCAUUCCAGCGGCACAGGAAGCGUUUAUCUAAGAAAAGGUUACUUGACAAGACGAAGACGCUGCCGAAAAGUCCGAAAAUUCACGUGAAGAUGAAAGACAACGGUUCCAGGCGCUUCAGUGAGUGUAUUAAUCCUUUUUGUCCUGUAUGUGGUUUGUUUUUGUGAGUCAAUAACCUGUAAUGCAUGCUGUUAGCCGCGCUAGCACAGCGCUAGCCGCGCUAAUACAGCGCUAGCACAGCGUUAGCCGCGCUAAUACAACGUUAGCCGUGCUAGCCGCGCUAAUACAGCGCUAGCCGCGCUAUUACAGCGUUAGCCACGCUAUUACAGCGUUAGCCGUGCUAGCCACGCUAUUACAGCGUUAGCCGUGCUAGCCGCGCUAAUACAGCGCUAGCCGCGCUAGCACAGUAAUAAGGUCACACUGACAGCACGUUCUGCAGCUGGGUAGUUGAGUAACAAUUUUAUAAACGCACAAAUGGGUGGAAGUGUGAUUUAUGCGCCCGAAAAUGCAGUUAAAUCACAGAGCAGUGUAAAGAAACUGGUCACCUAGCAACCUGAAUUAGUCUAGGUAACAUUUUAUUAUGUGUUUUCUGCUCAAGUUAAUGUUCUGGUUUGUUUCAUUUUGAAUUACUCCUGAUCUUGAAAGGUUUUAAACUGUGCAGUCAAAGUAGUUACAACUGUGAGCAAAUAGCUUGAAAUGAACUGCACUAGACUGCCCUGUUCAUAACCGACGAUUCUUUCACAGAAUGCUAUAUCAAGAGUUAUUGUGCAAUGAUAGUGAUAAAUGCGGCCCAUUUUUUUCAACUGUUUCCUGUUGUAUGUGUACCCUAGAUUGUUUUGAUAAUUUAAUUUGUUGUAGCCAUUUAUUUAAUCCAUUUUAGUCCACUCCACAGCAACACCGUCUGAACUGACCAGUCUGGUGAAAUUCUGGACUGGAUGGGAGACUCUACCACGAACUCUCUCCUCAGAAGUAGUGAAUGGCAGAUACCUGACAGCCUCCACCUGCUAUGACACCUUACAUUCCCAGGACAGUACAAGGACUACGCAUCAUUUAAGACUGACAUCCUGGCCUGUAUUUGCACUUGUCAGACAAGAUAUGUGUUGUUCUCUAGUUAGUUUUACUUGACUGACAAAACUAAGUGCACUGUUGGAUUCCCUCCCCUACCUGUUCUUCCAACUCACCUGACAGGUCAUCUGGCUCAAGUAUGCGUGUUUCUGCCAUACAUUUAAUGUAUCUGAAGUUAAGAUAUUUCUGGUGAACAAUAUAUGCAAUCACGGCAUUAAAGCAGGAGUUAAAAAUGAA